AUGUUCAGUAAGUCAAAGAUCAUCUUCAUAUUUGAUGGUUUGGACGAGAGCAAACUCUCCCUGAAAGGAAAAAGGGACGUAUUUGAUCCCCUGAAGGAUGAUGUGUCCGUGAGUGUUCUCAUACCCAACCUCAUAAAUGGCAAUCUUCUGUCUUCUGCUCUUAUUUGGAUAACCUCUCGACCAGCAGCUGUCAGGCAGAUUGAUUCAACACACAUAGACAGGUGGACUGAAGUACAAGGGUUCAAUGACCAACAGAAGGCUGAUUACUUCUGGAAGAAAAUUAAGGAUGAAGACGAAGCGGAAAAAGCCAUCACUCACAUUAAAAGGUCAAAGAGCCUCUACAUCAUGUGCCACAUCCCUGUCUUCUGCUGGAUCUUGGCCACUGUGUUCCUGAAAAUGGUCAAUCAUUCUAGCACACUUGACUUGCCUCAAACUCUGACUGAAGUUUACAUAUACUUUCUACUCAUUCAGACCAACAGGAAGAACCAAAAGUAUGCAGACGGUUUUGAACCAGAUGGACAUAAACUGCUUGAGUGCAACAGUGAGAUUAUUUUAAAACUGUCCAAACUAGCCUUUGAAGAACUAAAGAAGCGUAAUAUCUUGUUUUACGAAAACGACUUGAAAGAGUGUGGCAUUGAUGUAAAUGAGCCAUCAUUGUACUCUGGGAUGUGCACUGAGUUCUUCAAAAGCGAAGAUGUUUUCACCAAACAUAAAGUUUUUUGUUUUGUGCAUCUGAGCAUUCAGGAGUUUCUAGCUGCUUUCUUUGUGUUCUACUCCUAUGUGAAUAAGACAGUAGAAAUCCAGAGACUUUUUAUUGCCCAAGUAGAUGAAGACACAGCUACUACCAUACAGGGCCCAAUUCCUAAGAAGACAAAAGUCUUCUUUAAGAUAAUAGGACGUUUGAGUGCCUAUGUGAGAGACAGACAACUUCCCAUGACUGCUUUCUUGCAAACUGCAGUAGACAGAACUGUAGAGAGUAAAGAUGGACACCUGGACCUUUUCCUUCGCUUCCUCUUGGGUAUCUCACUGGAGCCCAACCAGAAACAUCUGCGAAGACUUCUGACGAACACGGAGAGCUGCCCAGACAGUGUCAAGAACAUCGCAGAGUACAUUAAAGAAAUUCUGAGUGACAACACCAAAUCCACGGAAAGAUGCAUGAAUCUCUUACUGUGUUUGCUUGAACUGAAGGAUGACUCUCUUCAGCAGGAGAUUCAGCAGUAUAUGAACUCAGGAAAAGAGCUGUCACCCGCCCAAUGUUCAACCCUGGCCUAUAUAAUUUUGGUGUCAGAGGAUGCCCUGGAUGAGUUUGACCUGAUUAAGUACAAGACAACAACUGAGGGACGUAGGAGACUGCUUGUGGUACUACGGAUUUGCAGGAGGGCCCGAUUGGUUGGUUGGGGCAUUGGAGAAGAUUCCUGUGGAGUCCUAACUUCUGCUCUUCAGUCAGAAAACAAGCUGUUGAAAAAGCUUGACCUGACCGGUAACCCUCUGGGGAAUUCUGGAGUGAAUGUGUUGUCCACUGGCCUGAGGCAUGCUAACUGCAGAGUGGAGACAUUGAGACUUGCUGACUGUACACUCACAAGCAACGCUUGCAAGCCAUUGGCCACGGUUCUGCAGUCAGACAACUCCCACUUGAAAGAAUUGGACCUGACCAACAAUGACUUGAAAGAUUCUGGAGGGAAGGAGCUGUGUGUUGCGCUUGGACACAAGAACUGUAAACUCGAGGUCUUGAUAAAGGUUGUGAGUUCUUAG